AUGGGAAUGCUAACAUUCAACCGGUUCCUUAGCCGACCUUAUCCCAAUACCCGGGACGGUCCAACGCUAUUAUUCUUCCAGCAGCAGUUCCUGGCUGAGAAUAGUGGCUCACGAAGAAGAUCCGAAAUCAUGUCAGCCGAGUCCGUGGCCUCCACACCAGGCCUGGAUGAGAUCGAUGCACCCUUCCCUGCGGAUGACUACGCCGACAACGAUGGCUACUACUCUCCUCCCGCAUCCCCCGGCAGACUGUCGCGCAACGGCUCCUUCUCCAACAGCAGUUCAUACCAGGAAGACUGGGAGACCUUCCCACCACUGGACAAGCUCACGAUAUUUGAUCUCCUCGACAAUUUCCAGCUCUCUCAGCGCCUGGAGAAGUGGCAGCAAACCAUCGCCAUGCAGAAGGACAAGGUGCGCAAGCAGCGGGAAAAGUUGAAGUCUUCAUCCUUGAACGCGAAGGAACGAGUGGUGGGCGAGUGGAAGCGCCGGGCACCGACCGCCGACGAGAAGCUGGAAAAAUACCGUCAACGGAUGAACCAGGGCGUAGAGCGCUUGGGCAAGCAGUGGAACAAGACAGCGACUGUCACUCUUCGGGAGAAGGCUUCUUUCAUUGCCGGUGUUUUGAAUAUCUUCAUCAGUGGCUACUUGAUCGGUGCUUGUCCAGAGUACUUCCACAUCUGGUUUAGUGUGCAGCUGGCAUACUUCAUGCCCAUUCGAUACUUCACCUACCAGGCCAAGGGGUACCACUAUUUCUUGGCUGAUCUCUGCUACUUUGUCAACUUGCUUUGCAUGUUGAGUAUAUGGGUGUUCCCGAACUCGAAACGACUGUUCAUCAGCACCUUCUGCCUAACGUUUGGAAACAAUGCAGCCGCCAUUGCCAUGUGGCGUAACUCGAUGGUAUUCCAUAGCAUGGACAAAGUUGUUAGCCUCUUCAUCCACAUCAUGCCUCCAGUUGCGCUGCAUUGCAUUGUGCACCUGACACCCGUUGAGCAACUCAAGGAGCGAUUCCCUGCAGUAUACAGCAUCAAAUUCAGUCAACCCUCAGACCCUGAGCAUUACGGUCUUGGUGCUAUGAUCAUUUGGUCUACUGCCCCAUACCUGGUGUGGCAGCUCCUAUAUCACUUCUUGAUUACUGUUCGCCGUCGUGAACAGAUUGCGGCAGGUCGUCCCACUAGCUUUACAUGGCUGCGCAAGUCUUAUUCCAAAGCCUGGAUUGGGCGCUUUGUGCUCAGCCUCCCAGAGUCGUUGCAAGAGCCAUGCUUCAUGUUCAUUCAAUAUGGGUUCGCUCUAUCCACCAUGAUUCCCUGUCCGAUCUGGUUCUGGUCCAAAUGGGGCAGUGGAAUCUACAUGGCUGCCCUGUUUGUCUGGAGCAUUCACAACGGAGCAACCUAUUAUAUUGAUGUCUUUGGCAAGCGUUUCCAAAAAGAACUUGAGCAACUCAAGGCGGAUGUUGCCCGUUGGCAGCAAUCCCCCGAAGGGACAACUAGUCCGCUUCUUGCCGCCGAGCCGAGUCCUCUGAGCGAAGCAAUUAAUGCAGCCAGUGGGGAAAAGCGCAGCAGCGUUGACCGAAUCCCGCUCCUUGAUACUGCCGAUGCCUCUUCAACUGCCGUUCCGGAGAAUAGCGUGGAUAAGAAUUCCACUCUCCGGGAGCGAACUUGA